AUGGAUAAUUCAAGUUGGUUAGAAUAUGUUAGUGAUCAUCCGGUUUUUUAUUCCGACAGUGUAAAAUUAUCAGGAGAUACAAUAGGAUUGGAGAAUUAUGGAAAACCAAAAAGAAAACAAACAUGUAUAGCUAUUGAGGGAAAUAAUCUUAUAUUAGCUGUAGGAUCCGAAAUAAGAAUAUUAAAUUUAUUGGAGUUUAAAGAUGCUUGGCAAUAUGCAAAUGAAAAUGAUGAACUGCAUGAAAUGUCUGAAAGUGAUGACAGUAAUCAUGACAAUGAUGACGAUAAUGAUAAAAAAGGGAAUGUGAUUUCGGUUGCUGGUGAUUACGAAUUGGCAGUAGUUCGCUUACCAUUAGUUAAAUUUAAUUUAUCAGCAUCAGAAAAAAAAGUUGAUUGUGUAACAUAUCCAAUUGGAUCUUUUCAUCAUAUGGAAGGAUCAAGUCCUAUUUCAAAGAUAUUAUGGCAUCCACUAACUAGAAUACCUCAUUUAUUGCCAGAACAGAAAUUUUGUUUCAGUGAAAAUCCAGAAAAAACUUUUUCUUUUGGUGCUGAAAUACCAAAAGCAGUUUCUUUUUGUUUUGGUCAAGGUAAUAAAGGCUGGUCUAAUUUUACUGUAUAUGUUUUAUUUGAUAACGGAGAUGUUUAUGCAAUGUGUCCAAUAGUAGAAUUUUCUUCUCCUGCAAAUAUUCAAAAUGAUUUAUUGUUGCAAGGACCAUUUUCAAUGAGACCAAAUCCUUUGGAAUUAUCACAUCAUCCUUUUGAUGCUAGUGACAUAAUCUAUUUGAAUACUCAACCCACUAGUGUAAUUGUUAUAGCUUCUAGUAAUGGUAGAUUAGAUAUCUUUCUUGAAGUUGAUAAAAUUGAAGCAUUUUGGAAAAUUCAGGGAUUAAACGAAUUCAUUGACUCUCCUGUUCUUUUAUUAUAUGAAAGCAUUGAUUUAGGAUUUAUUAAAAGUUUUGUUACACCAACUUCAAAUAGUCCCUUCUCAAGUAAAAUUACAACUUCAUUAAAUCAUCCAGUUCUAUUAGAAGACCCUCAAUACAAAGACAUGUUUUAUGUGUGUAAUUUUGCAGGUGUUCAUGCAAUUCGACUUGAAGUUAGUUGGAUUGCUUGUGUGAUUCCUAGUAAUCCAGAUCCUUUAAUAGGUUUAGUGAUAGUUGAUAAUGCUCAUCUAGGAUAUUUGGUUCUGAUAUUAACUUCCACACUGCAACUAAAAGGAUUUCCUUUAGAGAGUAGAACUACACCAAUUAAAUUGUCAAUUGAUGAUGUUACUCGUUUGAAAAGUAUGGGAUUUCCCGAAACAGAUAAACUAGAGUUUCCAAUCAAACUACAAGAAGUUCUAACUUCUCAAGGAUUAACUUGUCAACCAAUUCUUUUGUCACAAAUUGGCAAUAAACAAUCAUCCAAAGAAUUUGAUAGGGUUAAUAGUGAAUUGAUAAGAGGAAUUUCGUUAACAAUUGUUAAUGAAAUAAUACCAAUUAAAUCUUCUGCUCACAUAUUAAUUAAUAGAAUAAAAUUACAAUUUCAAAUGAUAAAACAUCAAGCAGAUCUUUUACAGGAUCUUAAAAAUACCAUGGAAGAGAAUAAACAUCUUAAUUCAGAAUUGGAUGAUCGUGUAAAUAAAAUCAAACAAAAACAUUCUUUUUUAGAAAGUAAAGCCAAUCAAAUUCUUCAAAAAAGAAUAAUUCAAUCAAAUCCAAUUCUCGGAGAAUUUGAAAAUGAGUAUUUUGAUAUGUUAAAUCGAGUUCAAGAAGAUUUAAAUGAUGAAAAUGGUUUAAAAGCUAAAGUAAAACAGAUACAAUUACGGCACUCAAAACUGUCUAAAUACAAUCAGCCAAAGUCAAAAUCAAAUCAUUCUAAUUCUAAUCAAAUUCAUUUACUUACCGGAAGUCAAUUACACAAAGUUGAGACUGCUUUAGACAAAGAGAUGGAACUUAUUGAAGAAGCAACAAGUAAAAUCCAGGUAGCACAAGAAAAACUAAAAAAUUUGAAUUUGGAUAAUAUUUCCAUAAAAGAGUAA